GCCCGGAUCGUUCUCUGACGUGCACGGUGCGGCUGCAGCCGGCCAGGACUCCCAGACCAUGCUGGCGUGCCUGCAGCGAACCCAGAACCCACCUGGGCAGCACCUGGCCUGUCCCAACCCCAACAAGGCACUGGAGCCACGCAAGUGCGAGACGGCAGCGCCCAUGCAUUCCCCGCGCUACCCCAGCCCCGCCGAGCUGGACGCCUAUGCACAGAAAGUGGCCAACAGCCCGCUGACCAUCAAGAUCUUCCCCACCAACAUCAGGGUCCCACAGCACAAGCACCUUAACCGAACGGUCAAUGGGUACGACACCACGGGGCAGCGCUACAGCCCCUACCCCGUGCACGCCGGCGGCUACCAGGGCCUCCUGGCCAUCGUCAAAGCCUCCAGCAAAAGCGUGGUGAAGAACGCGGAGGGCAAGCGGACUAAGCUGUCGCCCGCUCAGGCCGGCGUCGCUCCCUACCCAUCCUCAAGCACUUUAGCCCCGGGCCCCUCCUGCGCCGGCCCGCUGAGCUACCACCAGAAGCAGCUGGAGGGCCCCGUGCCUCCCACCGUGACGGUGGCGAGCUCGGCGCUGCCGCUGGCGGGCCGUGGCCUGGCGCUGCCGCCCUCCAACCUGCCCUCCAUCCAGAGCAUCAUCUACCAGCUCAACCAGCAGUGCCAGGCCCAGGCCUCGCAGCCUGCCUGCCCGGUGCUGCCGGCCGCCCACCCCAGCCCGGCCAAGCACGGCGCCUUCCCCGCCGUGGCCUCGGCCUACGCCGUGCUGCCCGAGUGCCGCAAGGGAGCCGAGCUGCCGCUGGGCUCCACCCCGGCGCUGGGGCCGAAAGCGGGGCUCUACCCUGACGGCGUGGACUACCUGCUGUGGCAGCAGAAGCAGCAGCAGCACCUGCGGGUGUACAGCGGGGGCAGCGGGGCCCUCAGCAAGUCGCCCGAAGCCUGCGCGGCCGCCUCGCGACCCUAUGGGCCGGCAGGGGAGAAGGUGAGCUCGUCGCCAUUGAACUGCAUGCACGGCAACUUCGCGGUGGGGCAGUACUUCGUGCCGCCGUGGAACAGCGUCCUGGUGACCCCCACCAGCGACUGUUACAACCCUCCACCUGAGCUGGGCCCCAUGCCACGCGAGCUCGGCGUGCCGCCGGCCGAGGGGCUGCCCAGCAAGGCGCUCUGCAACACCUCCAUCCUCAGCAGCAGCCUCCAGUCGCUGGAGUAUCUCAUCAACGACAUCCACCCGCCCUGCAUCAAGGAGCAGAUGUUGGGCAAGGGCUAUGAGACCGUGUCUGUGCCAAGGCUCUUGGACCACCAGCACGCCCACAUCCGCCUGCCCGUCUAUAGAUAAGGGACGGCUGCUGCUCUUCCCAAAGCCAGGAUGGCGGCCGGGCCCUCCGGCACCGUGAGGCCGUUGCGGGGUGAUGGGGUUGGUUGGGGGUCGGCUGCCGACACGGGUCCCGCAGGUACUGGCAUGGAACCGGGCUCAUCGAACCGCGUGCGCCCGCUGGAAGCCAAGGAUGAAGGAAUGCUUGUCUUAUAUAGCUCAGAAAUCAUUUUAUUUCCACGAAUGUGAACAGGGAAUCGCUACGAGUUGCUGCUAUCCAGGGAGAGGAGCUCCGCUCUGCGCACGGCGCGGGCUGCAGGCAGGGUCCCGCCGCGCUCACCUUUAGCUGAAGUCCAUAACUUGCACUGCUUUGAUUAAAGCUCAUAACUGGGGACAGCCUGGACGCUAUUUAAGAAGAACACUUGAAAACUUGAACAGAUUUUUCUUUUUUGUUGCUUUAUUUUUUCAUUUUUUCAGUUGCACACAGCGCGCAUCUUGGGUGCCGGCCAAUGAGGGGGACGAGCCCGCGGCGCUGCGCCCAUGGUACAGAUUUCCAAGGUUUUGGGUUUUUUUUUUCUUUUUUUUUCUUAAUUUCUUUUUUUUUUUUUUCCCUUCUUUUUUUUCCCCUUCUUUUUAUAACUGUCUGUUAUAGCUUUGUUCCGUUCUAGAGGCAGACAGUAUGUAGGACGACGUUCAGUACUGCAUCCAGCCAUCGCACCACGGUGGGAUCGUGGCGUGCUUCUUUUCUUCAUCUUUUCUUUCUUUUUUUUUAAGCAGUUCAGAAAUGCUCAUUUUGCUGCGUUAUUCACUCUGUGUCAUUAUGUGCUUAAUAGGUUUAUUCAUUUACAAAAGGCAUCACAAAAUGUUUUUUGGUGAGACAAGGAAACAGAAACACUACCCUGAGGAAACCCAAGGUGAUUGUGCUCAGAAAAGAGGUACUGUAUCCCUGAAAGGCCUGUUCAAGCACUAAGUGCAUUUACAAAUCUCUGAGAAUGUUUUUUUUUAUACUAAAAUCGACCAUUAUAUUCUACUGUGAGAAGUGCUGUCUGCACUUAUAUUGUUUUAAAAAUGAGAGAAAACGAACGAGAGG